AUGACGACUGGUUUCGAUAUUCCGGAGACUGGGCUGUCUCUCCGGCACGGAGAGCAGUCCGGUGAAUCUGCCUCCAAGCCAGUUCAGAUUAUGCGUCUGAACCUAGUCCAGAGCACCCUCGACGAGCUGAUCGAAAGCCUCCGAAACAAUCAACCUGCUCGAGUCCGUCUGGGGAAACACCCGUCCCUACACUACGCCGGCAAAUCCCAUUCCUUCCAUACCUACCCCGAAACACACCGCUCCGAGAUCUACCACAGCUCUUCCGACAAGCGGAACCUCUACUUCACGGGUGUGCUGAGCCACAGCCUGGAGGUGGAAAAGGCCAGGGCCGCUACUGCCGCCACUGACCAGGCCCUGGCCAACCUAGAGGAGAGUCUCAAUGCCUUUGAGCGAGGCAAGGAAUCCAAGAAAACACACAUGAUCCAACACCCGGAUGAAUUGAGGUCUCUUCGUGCUGCUGGAGGCUCCGGUCAGCGAGGCCCUAAAAGCAAGGCUGGACUGGAGAAAGAACGACUUCUUCGGACGGCUGCUUCCCGGUCUCUGACCUCUAGCCCGACUUUGGGGUCUGCCAAAUCUCCGGCCCCCAUUCCGACGUCCGCUCCGCUCUCGCAGACCAAGAACAACGCCCGGCACGAGGCCCUUAAGGCACCUUUCAUCCACCUUCUCGCCGUCCGUGCCGUCUCAUCCAAGUUCCUGGCCCGUCAAACCCGUUCCACGAUUGAAGACUGCACGGUCCUCGCCCAAAAGUACGGCAGCGAGAACCGCCUCAACCGCGAGAAAUACGACCUCAAGGACAAGUCUUACAAGGAUCUCGAUGUGUGGACCUUCCCCUACCCAACUCAGGACGAUCGGCAGGAGGCAAUUGAGAAUGCUGUUUCAGCUUUCGAUCGUAUGCGGAUUUCCCGUACCGACAAGCUGUGGCAAAUGCUUCUCCCCAAGGGCGAACGGGGCAAGGGCAAGUGUCUAUCCCGACUGAACCUCAGCAAUGGCCCUGUCAAGAAGACUACCCAGGGACGAUCUCAGGUAGAUGGUGGUGACGACUCGGGCAAGAACGGUGACACUACGGGCAACGAGACGGACCGACGCACCGCCCCGUCGAAGACAUCGGACGCUCCUCGAUCGACUCCCGCCCAGAAGCCUCCCGCUGGAAAGGCUCCUGUCAAGGGACCUGCCGCCAAAGGGCCCCCCAAGAGCAAGAGCACCAACAACACUACAUUGACUGGCCGGGUUACGAAGAAGACUGCCGCCAAGCCACCAGCGAAGACGGAUACCAAGUUCAAGUCUGCGGAAUUCGUGCAUGACUCCGAUGAUGAUGAUGAAACCCCCGAUACCGCUCCUUCUCCGCCUGCCCCCGCUCAACGUCCGAAGGAAGAGAAGACAGCUCCUUCGAAGAAGCCUCAGGCUCCUAUUAAGGCUCCAGGCAAAGCUCCGACUAAAGCUCCGGCUCCUGCCAAAUCUCGCGCCACCAACAAUGCUCCACCUGCAUCGAAGUCUACCAAGACUGAAUCAUCGACUCCCAAACUGGAGUCUUCUCAAUCCCGCUCUACCACCUCAGCUUCUUCCAAGCGACCUGCUCCACGAACCUCGACGUCUCCUCAGAAACCCUCUCCUCUUGGGUCUUCCCCUCCUGCCAAUGUAUCCGAUGCCACCGGUCGGAGCCGCUCUGACAGCCAAAACCAGUCUUCCAGCUCGUCUUCUUCCCCGCUCAUCUCCCAACUCGCUCGUGCCAACAAAGCUACGACUGGAACAGUUGCUCGGCCUUCCAAGCCUGUUACCUCGACCAAUGGUCCCUCCAAGUCUGGGCUUGUCGGCAAUCCCUUGAAGCGCAAGGCGGAAUCUGACCGAUUGGCUCCGCCCCAUGCAGCCGCAGGACGCACGACCGGAAAUCUCGACCACAAGCGUCGCCGGGCGGUCAGCACCUCUAGUGGAGGUAGCACCGGCAGCGCAUCUCCACCCUUAAGCCAGGAGAUUCUCCGGGAGCAGCUGCGGGAGAAGUCCAUGAGAUUCAAGAGAUAUUAUGCAAAGUACCUCUCCUUGCAUCGCACCCUCGACACCUCCACCAACCCUUCAUCAGCUGAUCUCAACAAACUCAGUCGACAGCAUGAUAUGCUGCGAAGCAUGAAAGAAGAGAUCUGGGACGAACACGCCAGACUUAAUGACGGCAUCUCUCGUGAUUUCUAA